AUCACAGGGCGCCGCCAUUUUCCCGGUGACACACAAAGCUCAAUUGAAGUCUUCUGGGCUUCCGUCGAUAGAGUUCGUUUCCUUGGUUACCGAAGCAUUUUGACCUGGAAAUGCUUGGAGACGCACGUCAAGAACCACACGAGACGUCUCACUGCCAUAAACCUGAUGUCUGGAGUCGGUUUAAUAUUACUUAGACGCCCCGCACUGAGUGCACGGUGUCCGUAUUCCCGCUGUCCACUCCUAAGACCUUCAUGGACCAGUUAUUGUACACGGCCCAGAUCACACCUAUGGACCCUUCAGAAGUGUCCUGGCAGCGGCUCACAGAGAUCCUUGUCUUCUACUCCAUUGGCCGAGUCCGGGAAGGAUCCACUGGUUAAAUGGCUCCUCUUACUCAUCCCUGUUGUCUCUUUUGGACUUGGCACUUGGCAGAUCCAGAGACGUAAGUGGAAGUUGAACCUCAUACAGCAGCUGGAGGCGCAGCUGACGUCCAGCCCGAUAGCCCUCCCCACAGAUCCAACAGAACUUCAGACAUUGGAGUUUCAUCCUGUCACGGUCAGAGGCCAUUUUGAUCACUCAAAGGAACUUUACCUCAAGCCUCGCACCCUGGUGAAGCAAAGUAAAGAGUCUCAGGAGUCCAGUGGGAUGGGACCUCAGGAGAAUGGGGCUCAUGUGAUCACCCCCUUCUGUACUGACCGUGGGUAUGUCAUCUUACCUCUUACAGUAAUUUGUUGUCAUUACUUCAUACUAUGGAGAAGCCGCAUGUUACAGGGAUAGAUGCUGGGGGAUCAU